AUGUCCUGUGGAGUGGGUUCUUCCAGGCUCAAAGGCCUCUCUAAAUCUGUCAUUUCCCACCAUUUCAGAGGACAGAAUCGCCAGUCUUAUGUGUUGAUGGCUGGCAGGCAAACCCAGUGCCUCGAGGCAGCUGCAGUAAGUCGUCAGGCUGAGUUUCAAGAAAUGUCGGCCGAGGACCGUGAGAUGGUUGAGGACAUGAUGGACGACUAUGGCAUGAAUAUCAAGCCAUUACCCUACACAGCACCCCCAGGCGAAGAGGGUUUGGACUUGAGUCACGAAGGAGGUGAAUAUGAGGCAUUUGAAGGUCUUGCGCAUGAAAUUGCUGGCAUCAGCGGAUUGUGA